AUGAAGUCGAUAGGUAAAUGCCUUGAGCUUUACAUCCGGAAAGCGAAGGAUCAUGCAAUAUUGAUGGAAAAGGAGAGAGCUGAGUUCGAAAAUGGGAAAAGACAUCUUGCAAACAUCAUGGGAUGGCCUCCAGAAAUGAAAAUUGGCCAAGAAGAAGUUGAUCGCGCCGUUGAAUACCUUUUUCCCUCAGGUUUGACUUGCGAACGAGCAAGACCUGUAAUGAAGCCACCAGAGGACAUAAUGGUAAAAUUCAACAAGUUCAGUUUUGACGACGAAGGCAGACCAUCAGACCAUUUGUUCUUUACCCUCAGGCCGAGAUUCUAUGGAUUAUUAUCCGUAAGUUUAUCUUCCCGUCGAUCGAAAAUCCUUUAUUUUAGGAUAUUGGGUUGAAGACGCAACGUCUCAACAAUUAUCAUGAUGAACGACUUCUGAAGGGCCUUCCAUUGAGUGAAGAUAAAGGAGAACUGAAUCUGACCGGCUCCAUGUGGCUUCUGAAAGACGAUCUGGCAAAGAAGUUGAGCGAACGCUUAAGUGAUGAUAUGGUAAGAUUAUUUGGGUUGAAUAGUUAUUAUUUUUAGUAUGCCCAAUUGUUACUGGCGUUUGAAAACUUGGCCAGUCUUCCCUUGGCUCAUCUGGAAAAAGGAUUCAUUAUGGAAUACAGAACCGGGUUAAGUGGAGGGUCAAAGCCAGAACUGUUUGGUCCAGGAGUUCCGGCUGUAAAAUUGGAUGCUGAAAAUAAUAUUAGAUUUGCGGUGGGCAUUGGGAAAGUGAAGAGCACGAGAGUUACAGCGAAAGUGUCAGAUGCGGGAACUGGGCUUUAUACUGUGAAUGACCUCCCUCUCAGUGGAUUUCAAGCGUUAGUGUCUCGGUAUGUGUGUUCUUUUAUUUAAUUCUAUUAAUUUAGAGAGAACUUUAUUGCACCUCUGAUUAUUACUGGCAGACUCGGAAAGGUGGAUGUUGCUGUGAAGAUCGAAGAAGGUCCUGGUGGAAUCUCGGCUGUCCCUAGGGCGGCAAGACAUGCGCUUUCUCUUGGACUUGCUGCUUUAUAUCCUAACACAAAAAAUAUGUUACGAUUGGGUAUGGUGCCUUUUUCAAACUUUUACCUUAUUUUAGCCGGUUUGCUAACCCAAGAUCCUCGACGUAAAGAGAGAAAUAAGGUUAAUCAGCCUGGCGCUAGAGCAAAAUGGAUUUGGUAUGUAUUUUCGUAUAAAAUAAUAUUUUUUUUUUCAAUUUUAGGAAGCGUCGAUAA